CAGAAGGCGGGGGCGUGCCCAAGAUGGCGGCCUCCAUGUGCGAGGCGUUCUCCUUCUGCGUGGGCGUGGCGGGUUCGGCCCGGGUUGCAGUGGAAGUUCGAUUCGUGAGCAGCGCCAAGGGAAAGGGACUGUUUGCCACAAAACUCAUCCGGAAGGGAGAGACUAUCUUUGUAGAAAGGCCCCUGGUGGCUGCACAGUUUCUCUGGAAUGCACUUUAUCGCUACAGAGCCUGUGACCAUUGCCUCCGGGCUCUGGAGAAGGCAGAGGAGAAUGCCCAGCGGCUGACUGGGAAACCAGGCCAGGUUCUCCCUCACCCAGAGCUGUGUACUGUGCGGAAGGACCUCCACCAGAACUGCCCCCACUGCCGGGUGAUGUACUGCAGUGCAGAAUGUCGGCUGGCAGCUGCGGAGCAAUACCACCAGGUCUUGUGCCCAGGCCCCUCUCAGGACGACCCCCUGCAUCCUCUGAAUAAGUUGCAGGAGGCAUGGAGGAGUAUUCACUACCCACCUGAGACUGCGAGCAUUAUGCUGAUGGCCCGAAUGGUGGCCACAGUGAAGCAGGCCAAGGAUAAGGACCGUUGGAUCAGACUCUUCUCCCAGUUCUGUAACAAAACAGCCAAUGAAGAAGAGGAAAUUGUCCAUAAACUCCUGGGGGACAAAUUCAAGGGCCAGCUAGAACUUCUACGGAGACUCUUCACGGAGGCCCUCUAUGAGGAAGCACUUAGCCAGUGGUUCACUCCAGAUGGAUUCAGGUCUCUCUUUGCUCUUGUUGGGACCAAUGGCCAAGGAAUUGGGACCAGCUCCCUGAGCCAGUGGGUCCAUGCCUGUGAUGCUCUAGAGCUGAAGCCUCAGGACCGCGAGCAGCUGGAUGCCUUCAUUGACCAGCUGUACAAGGACAUCGAGGCAGCUACCGGCGAGUUCCUUAACUGUGAAGGGUCUGGCCUCUUUGUGCUUCAGAGCUGCUGCAACCACAGCUGUGUCCCCAAUGCAGAGACUUCCUUCCCAGAAAACAACUUCCUUUUGCAUGUCACCGCCCUGGAGGAUAUUAGCCCAGGAGAGGAAAUCUGUAUCAGCUACUUAGACUGCUGUCAGCGAGAGCGCAGCCGCCACAGCCGCCAUAAAAUCCUCAGGGAGAACUAUCUGUUUGUCUGUUCCUGCCCUAAAUGCCUGGCAGAGGCUGAUGAACCUAAUGUGACCUCUGAGGAGGAGGAAGAAGAGGAAGAGGAAGGAGAGCCAGAAGAUGCAGAACUCGGGGAUGAGAUGACUGAUGUGUGAUGUUGCCCUCCCUGGAAGGGGCCUUGCCCAAGAUCCUGCUGGAAAAGGAGGCCCUUUCCCCCCAGAGAAGAGGCUUGGAAGGAACUCCCUACUCCCAUUGCCUGCUUUCCACCUUCCAGCACUCUGCCAGAACGUAAGAUGAGGGCUGCAUCCUAGGCUCCACAUCCCCCACAGACCUCAUGCCCUGAGCACUGCUGCUGAGUUGGCUCAGGCUCUGUGCCAUCACUGAGCCUUUCAGAGCUGGCCUCCCUUGAGUUUACUCCUAGAUGUGAGCGGUUGGAACCAGGGUCUGGGCCUAACAGUAUUCUUAGUCCACACUUACCUGUCCACCAGAGGCUUCUCCCCUCUUAACUGGUUAUUGAUUUAUUUUGAAGGGGUAACAAAGUGGCAUAUUUCACACCACACCAGUUUCAUUGAAGUGGAGAUGGGAGGUGUGGCACUUCACCUUCCCUGCCUCACACUUGCCACAGCUGUAGCUCGUUGGGUGACGGCCUGCCCAUGAGCCAGAGGGUAGAGCCAGGAAGGAGGGUCUGCGGCCUCAGAGUACCUUUCCCCCAUUCCCACUGUUUGGGCAUCAGGGGAAGUGGAGAUUAACCCCUUCACUGGACUCCAGAAUCUCUGUACCUCGUGCCUUGUCUCUCAGGCCCUGGCACAGUAGUCCCCAUGGGGUGUAGAAGAGACCUCUGCCUUCCUCAGGAGGAAAUGGUUGCCCUUUCUUACACCUUCUUCCCACUGAGGGUUCUAGCAAUCAGGCGGAGACUUUUGGGAUGAUAGGCUGUGGUCCUUAGUUUAGGAUGCUCAAGUCUUCCUGGGGCCUGUUAAAAUGGGCCAGUGAUCUCCAUUGAUCUCCAUUUCUAGUUUCCCCAGGGGAACACUGAAGUCUUCCGGAAACCUAAAGGAGCUGGGCUAGAUACUUGGUGAUUAGCCAUGACUGUCCCUUCAUGCCCCAGAUGAGCGUUCCUCUCACUUCUGGGCUGGAACCCCCUGUUCCUUCCUGCCUACCUUCCUUGAGGGGCCCCCCACAUCAUCUGAGAGAUCCCAGGGAAGACAGGUGACACACUUUAGGCCCUUUGCUGGCCAUGGAGCCUGCCCAUCUGCCUCUCUCACUUGCUGGGUUUUGCUCAUUCACAGCAGUCAGCACCCUCUCCUGACCCACUGACCCACUUCCUCAAUAAAAUAUGAGUGGCAACAGGCCUUUGUAAGAUUGUUUUAUAGAGAAUGGCUGGACAGGGCUCCCAGCAGGCAGAGAGGUAAACCCAAAGGAACACAAAUUAGACCAUAUGAUAGCAGCAAAUGAGAGCUACAGUCUCCAGUUAUGCUCAUCUUUGUGCAAAUGUUCCUAAAGCAGAGUAAAGGUCUUCCAAAGCCUGGCUUUGGUCUCCAGCACUAGGCUACAAGAUGAUUCUUCUCCCCAAGCACUGAACUACAGCUUUCUGGGGACUUCCUGAACUCUUCACGGAGCUGCCUUGGGAUCCAAGACUUAACAGUCUGAGCACUGGUUCUAAAGGAUCUAGGGAAAGUGCAUUCCCUGGACCUCACUUGUCUUUCCGCAGAAUAAUAGUUUGGGACCAGAAGAGUAAGUCUGAAAACCCCAGCCCUGUGU